CUGUCUCCUCGGUGCUAUUGCGCAAAUUCGAGAAUAUUGCGAUGGGAAGAUAGGAGGGAGAAUUCAAAGACCAGGUUGUAGACUUCGGUUUGAGCUCGAUCGCUUCUUUCAAAAUCAGCCGGCUUCAUCGCCCCCUCCUCUUCCCUCAAAUACAACCACUUCUUCUUCUCCACGAGGAGAUUCCUUUCUUCGCGUACUCGUCUUCAUUUUUGUGCCUAUUAAUGUGUUUGGUGUAGUUGCUGAGCUCCUAAUCAUCAUAAUUUUCAUCUUAAGGACAAGAAAGCAAGGAAGAAAUUCACGUGAAUGUAAAGAUAAAAAGAAAACCUCCUUUUGAGCAUCAUCAUUCAUUUACAGGAUUCACCGUUGUGUCAUUUGUGUGUUUUAACUCUUUAACCUUUGACCCACAAAUUUGGCUGAAGAUAAAAUUGAAAAUGCAGAAUCUUUGCAGCUCGAUUUUGACACCAUUAGAAUCGCUAUGUAUGGAUUCUCCGAUGCAAAUCAACUUGGGAGAGGUGGGCUUGGAGCUGUUUAUAAGGGUCAGCUUCCCAAUGGACAAAAUAUAGCUGUGAAACGAUUAUUUCAAGGCUCAAGGCAAGGAGAUGAGGAAUUUAAGAAUGAAAUCAUGUUGGUGGCUAAGCUUCAACAUCGGAAUUUAGUUCAACUCUUGGGUUUCUGCUUCAAACAAAAUGAAAGACUUCUCAUUUAUGAGUUUGUGGAGAAUUCCAGUCUUGAGAAAUUCCUCUUUAAUCCUAUUAACUGUGAGAGUUUAGAUUGGAAAACUCGGUACUCCAUUAUAGAAGGCAUUGUUCGAGGACAUUAUCUUCGUGAAGACCCUCAACUUAGAAUUAUUCAUCCAGAUUUGAAAGCUUGUAAUAUUUUAUUAGAUGCGGACAUAACUGCUAAAAUUUCUGAUUUUGGAACUGCAAAACUAUUUCUACGUGAUCAAACACAAGAAAAUACAAGAAAAAUCAUACGUACUUUGUAAAUACUAAAAGCAACUUUCUCAAGCCUAUAUUUCAUGUGUUGAUCACCAGGGAGUUACUGACUAAAGUUGUUUGUGAUGCUAUUGAAUAUAAGUGGAUAUAUGGCUCCGAAGUA